UUGGCGCGGCUCAGAACGUAGAAGAAGAGGAAGACGAUGGACAAGGCUUUAGUGCUGUCGCUGUGGUUCUCGUCUCAACUCUCCGCCGUCGGCCAAGAAACACCCCCCUGCGCAUCGUAUCGCCAGAAACGGCCGACGCACACUACCUGUUCCGUGGUACGCAAAGAGUUCAAAAUAGCCAGCGGCGAGGUGGAUCUCCGAAUAGACGACAUCCUGUCGGCGCACAACCACUUCCGCAGUCAACUGGCGCUGGGGCAACUCGCCGACUUCCCUCCGGCGGCCAACAUGGGACAUGGGCGGCGCUGGGACAAAGAGAUGAGCGACGUGGCCUUGGCGCUAGCCAGGCAGGGAACCGACAAGACCGGAGUGGCGAGGCACGACCUCGUGGAAGACCGCUUCACGUACGGCUUCCCCAGGACCGGCCAGAACGUGCUCACGGACUGCUCACGGAACUGGAUGCCGUCCACGAAGUGGCACGACGUGAUAAUGGACUGGUUCGAUCAGAACUUGCACUACGACGUCGCCAAGGUCGGCACCUACGAGGAGACUUUGCCGUCGAGCGACGCGUUCGCGCAGGUCGCCUGGGCAGCCACGUGGGCCGUCGGCUGCGGCUACGCUCAAGGGGAAAUGACCACGCUCUCUUCCGAGCCCAAGAGGCUAGUCGUUUACGUGUGCAACUACGGGUCCGCCGCCAACGAGCUGAACAGGUCCGUCUAUCUGGAGGGUCCGGCCUGCUCGCGCUGUCCUCGCAAUACGCGUUGCAACCAGUCGACGGGACUCUGCGUACUUCUCGACGGGGUGUGGUCGCCUGACUUCAGGGGACACGAGGAGCCGCCUCUGGAAAACAUGCUGCCGACGGCCUCAACUCCGGCAGCGUCGAGCUCGCCCCCGACCGUCACACCCCGUUCAAUAGCGGCAGCGACAACAAGCGUCGCUGCUCUUGUGAUGGCAGCGGUAGUUCGAGAAUCGGGGGACUUAGGAAUCACGCCUGUCACUAUUGCUGCCUACUGCGGACUAUUAUUGGCUCAGCGACUGAAUCGGGAAGGAUAAAGUAAAUCUACUUUGCGACUAUUA